GGAUUAUUCCUUUACUUCCCAGUUAAAUCUACACACAAUUUUGCGCCUACAAAAAUGUCUCACAUCGACAAUAAUCUCAUCAAGGUGCGUGAACUUCUGCGGGAGCGCAACAUCAAGCUGUGGGAGGAGCCCUACUACACUGAGGGCUUGGGCAGCAUCGCGACCGCAUUGGAGCGCCUCUCACGUGAGUUGAGCACCGAGCUGGACAUCAGUGUGUCCGAUUGCCAGUGCGCCCUGGCCGAGAUGCAGGAUGGGGCGCUGCGCAAGCUGGCCGCCAUCCGAGAGUUCAACGAGACGGGCAUGGCCACCUUCAAUGUGCGUUGCGUGGAGAGCCGUGGCGGCACGUCCCAGCUGAUGGAGAUCAAGUGCCCGAUGAACGGCACGGGUGCGGAGCUGCAGGACAAGGUGGCCCAGCGGCUGAUGGUGAGCGGUGGCAGCCACAUCAAGAUCAUAUCGGCUGGUCGCAUUAUCGCCGGCCAGCAGUCGCUCGCCUCGCAGGGCCUGAAGAACAAUCAACAGCUGAUGGUGGUGCUGGGACAGCGGGGCGAUGAGGUGGCCGGCGAGGCGCUGCACGAGCGCAUCCAAAAGAUACGCGACGAUGUGUUGUUGAUUGUGGAGUCGGAUCGCCGCUUCAUGGAGAUUGAGGACCAGCACGGAAAUCCCAUCUUUCUGCCGCCAGCAGAGACCCGUUCGCUGCUCAAGGCCCUGAGUUUCAGUGAGAAGGCCAGGGCCGCCAUGUUCCGGCAGGAGUACGACGAGGCGCUGUUGCUCCUGCUGGAGGGUGACGAAUACUUCGCUGGGUGCAGUGCCAUCCUACUGGAGCGGGUGGACAAUUAUGCGCUGAUCAAUCUCGACAUUGUGUGGUGCUAUUUGUGCCUGAAGAACAUCACCGAACUGCCGGAUGCGCAGCGCCGUUUGGAAAUUUGCGAGAAGAACUUUCGUCGCACCUACGGCGAUAAUCUCGAUAGCUUCGAGGAGGACAACUGUCCGGAACGGGCACUGAUCAUGCGCCUGCACCUGCUGCAGGGCGUUGUCUGCUUCCAUAUGAAUCGCCGCGACGAGGCCUACGAGCGCCUGGAGUCGGCGGGCGCUGUGCUGGCCGAGCUGAAGGUCAGCCCCGACCUGCUGCAGCAGAUGCUCAACAUGGGAUACAACGAAUCGGAUGCCAGGGUGUCGCUGCGUGCCACCGCCGGCCACCUAGAUCGUGCCGUCGAUUUCAUUAGCGAACGCAACGAGAAGCUGCAAGAGGCACGCAACAAGUCGCUUCAGCUGCGCAAGGUCAGUCAGGAAAUUGCGAAUCGCGAGGGCUGGGUCUGCCCCAAGACCGUCUUGCGUCUGAUGGACAUGGGCUAUGAGCAACAGCUCGUCGUGGAGGCACUGAAGCGCACCAAAAACAAUCUCGAUCGCAGCAUCGAUCUGCUGCAGCAUGAGGCAGACGAGCUGCGUGCCAAUCUGCCGGCGACCACUCCAGCGGACGAGACACACCUCAGGACGCUCCAACAGCUCGGCUUUCCAUCGGUCACCGCACGGGCUGCUCUGGAGACAACCGGCAACAACAUGGAGGCGGCCAUACAGUUCCUAGUGAGCAGCUUGAACACCGAAAAGGAAUUACUCAGCACCAUCGAAGCGAUGACGCGCCUGUUGGACUACGAGGGUCCGUCGGGCUCACACGCUGCAUCGCCAGCACUCAUCCACACGAUCAUCAAGCAGGCCAAGAGCGAGAUGGAGUCGCACCGAGCCUUUGAACGCUUCAACGAGGAUGUGACUGACAACUCCAUUGUGUAUUUGGACUUGCCAUUGGAUCAGGAGGAGCAAAUACUGCUGGAGUACAAGAGCCUGUUGGAGCGUUAAAAUAUAUAUAUAUAU